UUCACAAAUAAUAAUAACUGUACAUAGUACUUCUUAUGUCCAUAUAUGGGUAUGUCAACGAACGACAGAAGAGCCAACAUAGCAAAAAAAAUCUGUACGUCAUUUUUUGGAAGGCUAUGGGGUUUAGCGGCUGACUGUGUUUUUAGUAAAAACAAUUUAAAGUACUGAGUAACACAUAGUUUUAGCAUAAACAUAUUAGUGUUUAGUUAGUGAAGUGUAGUAAUAAAAUGUCUUAUUCAAAUAAGUAUACUUUUGCGGCGUUACCGAGAACCCAGCGCGGUACACCACUCGUAUUGGGCGGUGAUCCGAAGGGGAAAAAUUUCUUGUAUACCAACGGUAACUCAGUUAUAAUCAGAGAUAUUGAGAAUCCCGCCAUCUCUGAUGUGUAUACGGAGCACUCUUGCCAAGUUAACGUCGCCAAAUAUUCUCCGAGCGGAUUCUACAUCGCUUCCGGAGACGCGUCCGGCAAGGUGAGGAUCUGGGACACUGUGAACAAGGAGCACAUAUUGAAGAAUGAGUUUCAACCGAUUGGAGGUCCUAUCAAGGACAUCGCGUGGAGUGCUGAUAACCAACGCAUGGUCGUUGUCGGAGAGGGUAGAGAGAGAUUCGGCCACGUGUUCAUGUCGGAGACGGGCACGUCGGUGGGCGAGAUCAGUGGACAAUCGAAGCCGAUCAACUCAGUGGACUUUAGACCGACGCGGCCAUUCCGCAUCGUCACAGCGUCCGAGGACAACACCAUCGCCGUGUUCGAAGGACCACCGUUCAAGUUCAAGUGCACUAAGCAGGAGCACACCCGCUUCGCGCAAGCGGUGCGCUACAGUCCGGACGGCAGCCUGUUCGCGUCGGCCGGCUUCGACGGCAAGAUCUAUCUGUAUGAUGGAGCCACUUCCGAGCUGAAGGGAGAGAUCGGCUCCCCAGCCCACAAGGGUGGCGUGUACGGCAUCUCGUGGUCUCCCGACGGCAAGCAACUCCUCUCCUGCUCCGGAGACAAGACCUGCGCCAUCUGGGACAUAGAGACGAUGCAGCGCGCCACACUCUUCAACAUGGGUACCGCUGUCGAGAACCAGCAGGUAUCCUGCCUCUGGCAAGGCAAUCAUCUCCUCUCCGUCUCGCUCUCCGGAGUGAUCAACUACCUGGACGUGAACAACCCUGACAAGCCCCUCCGCGUGCUGAUGGGCCACAACAAGCCCAUCACGUGCCUCGCGCUGCAGGACAAGACCUCUGUGUACACCGCCAGCCACGAUGGAUGUGUCACGCAGUGGAAUGUCGAGACUGGCGAAGGUCGUCAUGUGCCCGGCCAGGGUCAUGGCAACCAGGUCAACGGCAUGCGCGCCAGCAAGGACGGUGCCCUGCUCACCAUCGGCAUCGACGACACGCUGCGACGUGCGGCGCCGCCCGCUGAAGGCGACGUGCCGGCCUACACUGACAACGCGAUCCCGCUGGGCUCGCAGCCGCGUGCCAUGGACCACGUCGUCGACGAGGACAUCACUAUCGUCGCCACUGUUAAAGAGUUGGCCGUGAUCGUGGGCGGCAGCAAGAAGUCGACGACUCCAAUCAACUACGAGCCUAGCUGUGUCUCGAUAGAAAACAACACCAAACACGUCGCUGUCGGCGGAGCGGACAACAAGGUCCACAUAUACACUCUGUCGGGCACGAGCCUGAGCCCUGGCGUGGAGCUGGCGCACCUCGGCGCGGUGACGGACGCGCGCUACAGUCCCGACGCGACACACCUCGUCGCCAGCGACGCCAACCGCAAGCUCAUACUGUACUCCGCUGCCGAUGAGUAUAAGCUGGCCCACAACAAGGAAUGGGGCUUCCACACGGCGCGCGUGAACUGCGUGGCGUGGAGUCCCGACUCCAAGCGCAUCGCCUCGGGCUCCCUCGACACAACCAUCAUCAUCUGGAACGUCGAUCAGCCCAACAAGCACACCAUUAUUAAGAAUGCGCACCCGCAGUCCCAGAUCACUGGCCUGACGUGGAUCGACGACGAGACUGUAGUGUCGGUGGGACAGGACGCCAAUACGCGUGUGUGGAACGUGCCAAAGGCCUAAACACCGCCGUAGCGGGGGAAUCACACUCCACUUGUAUAAACGCUUGUAAAAUACGAUCGUCUAUGGAUUUUUAAUCAGGCUGUAUAAUGUCACUUUGAAACAAAUAGAGGGUGUUAUUUUUUAACCGAGAGUUAAUUUAUAAUAUAGAUGAUUUUUUCUAUACUAAUCUGAUUAUGAACUCUGUUAACGGAAAAAAAAAACUUACUAAAAAGAGUGACCGUUCAGUACGUAAUUUUCACAGUAAUUGAAAGUUUAUUGAAACAAAUUUAUUCAUAAUUUUAUAUUUUUCAUAAUUAAAAAAGUAUUAUUAGUGUCAAAGCUGUAAACUAUGUAUUAUUUACAAAUAAGAUGAAUAAAUGACAAAUCCAAUACUCAGAGUAUUUCCCCGCUAGCGAUAUACUUAAAGAAAAAAAAAACCUAUAAAAACUAGGCGAUUAUAAUAAAAUUGCUAACAUAUUUAUUUCGCUUUAAUUUUAAGGAUUUUUUUUAUAUGAAAUGCUCUCAGUUAGUCAGUGAUAAUUUAUUUACAGAAUACUAACGAGCAAAAUAUACUGUCUUAGGGCUGACUGCUUAGAUUUUUUAACAUAGCAUGUUUUACAAUAGUCUCGUAAAUCCAAGUCAUAGCUAAGCUAUUGCAACAGAAUUUAUUAUUUUAUUUAUAUGGUAAUAAAUCUUUUUUUCGUGUGUAUAUUGUGCCCGAUAAAGUGUCAGUGCUUGGCUUAGGCUAUAGGUGCUAGAAACGUUUGAUUAUAUCAAGUUUCUAUUUUAACAACUAGAUGGCGCUGUUUUUAAAUGACCUCGACAUGCUAACUACCCACGGUGCUUAAUAAUUUUAAGAUAAGAAGCACUAGAUUUCAAGUCAGUCCUAAUUUCCUGCGCAAAUAUUGUGAUUAUAUUUUAUUUUGUGUUAGAAGAGAACCGAUCUGAACGAUCUUUAUAUAUUGAAACGCGUACUAAUGUAGUGUGAAAGCGCAUUUAUAUGUCUUUAUGAAAUCGAGCAAAAUUAUGUGGUUGUUUGAAAUGAUGGGCUAUUAACUUAUGGAACACAAUUUCAGCGUUAAAUAACGAUGUUUUUACACUUGACUAAGGCCGAAUUUGGUAUUUUUAGUGAAAAAAUUAUUGAUCUUUUAAAAACAGCAUAAAAUCGAAACCCAAGAUACAAAAAAACAUACGGGCCUUAAGUAUGCCUUUUUAAUUAUUUUUCAUAACUGUUAUCUUUCAGUACGAAGAAUAAUGCAGUAUUAAAUAUUGAAAAUGUAGCAUGAACUUAUUUUUCGAUCAAUGUUUUCUGCCUUACCUCGUACGCACAAUUUUUUUCUUUACUGAGCAGACAUUAAAGUCGAAUUCUGUGUAGCCAAUGUGUUGUAUUAAUAGUAUGUCAUUUCAAAUGAAACUAGUAAGGUGUUUCUGAUCAGUAUUUUUAUACUAAUUUCAUAUAUAUAUUUUUACCCUAGUUUGUACGUGUUUCUAUUACUAAAUUAAUGUAUGAAGAAAUGAUAAAUAAAAUUGUAAUACACUUGUAA